AAGUGUCAGAAAGAAACCCAAUAACAAUAAACUAUCAAUUGUUGCAGAUCUGAACUUUGCAGCUUAAACAAGAGAAAGAUUAAAAUAGAAUGAAAAAUACCUUCCAUUUCAGAAACAAAGUUCGGUAUCUCAACUUACUAAUGACAGCAGAACAAAGGCAAAUGUCUACUAAAAAGAGGAAGUCAUUAUUGAGUAAAGAUCUCAACUUCUAUAAGUAUACAUCCACGUCUCUUUACAACUAAAACUUUGCAUUACUCGGUUAAAAAGUUAGCUAACUUCUUAAUACUGAAGGUGGAGACAGAAAACAGUUUGACCUUUCAUGGGAAAAAAAUUAUUCUACUCAUAUGACAGUCUGGAUUCGGAUCAGUGAGUCCCACAUAAAGAAAAGGAAGACAAGCUUGUGCCAUAAAAGAAUUGCUGUGUCAUAGCAGGGCACUUACUCAUGAUCUCUUUACUUCAACUAAAAUAAAGGUAUUCCUUCCAUUAUGUACUCAAAAAAGUACGACACAUUUAGCUGUUGUUAUCUGAUACUCACAUUGCAUAUUUUAUUAUAUUCAUUUUCUUUUCUUCUUUCAACUUUUACACCAAGCAAAGCAUCUGCAAACUUCAACUAGAGCCUAGAAGACAGCUUUAUCUCUACUCUGAAACCAAAAAAAAAAAACAAAUACAGAGUAAAGUGAAGCAGUCAACUUUUCUCAAAUUCCAAAGAAAGGUCAAGCAGAUUCAUUUUCUGAUUUAACAAUCAUGUUCAAAUCAUCAAAAUGGAAAAAGGAGAAGAUCAAAGCUGUAUUCAGAAUGCAAUUUCAAGUAACACAGGUGCCUCAGCUAAAAGCCAAAAAACUAAUGAUUUCAUUAGUUCCAGCAGAUGCCGGAAAGCCAACAGUGAGACUAGGAAAAGCAGCAAUUGUUGAAGGAACCUGUUCAUGGGAGAAUCCUAUCUACGAAACAGUGAAAUUAGUCAGGGAUCCAAAAACAGGACAAAUUAAACAAAAUAUUUACUACUUUGCUGUGGCAUCUGGAUCAUCAAAAUCAGGUUUCCUGGGAGAAGUUGGUCUCGAUUUUGCCGAUUUGGUAGAGGCAACUGAAACCUUGGUAGUAUCUCUACCCCUAAUGCCACUGGAGACUGGCGCAAUUUUACAUGUCGCAGUACAGAAUAUGCAAGGAGCUCAUGGGACCAGGUGCAGUGAAGAUAGUGAAAUUUCAAGGACUGAAUCUCUCGAUCAGAGUUUUGAAACAGAACUAGGAAGCGAUGGUCAUUAUGGAAAUGGACAGUGUACAUCUAUUGAAGGUGAGAAUUUGAAUGAACCAUCUCAUUAUCUCAAGAAAAAUAGUGUCCCAUGGGAUCCUCAACCAAAAAACAGUUUUGUGAAACAGUUCACACCCCAAAAUGCAGUUAAUCCCCUCGAAAGACAUCUACAUCACAGAUCGUCCACAGAUUGCUCGCUUGGCUCUGAUUUAGAUGGGAGUCUAAUUGAUACAACAUACAAAUCAGAGGAGGACCUUCUGAGAGACAACGCCCGAGAAACUUCAAGUAACAGUUUUGAGUCAAUGAAAAAUAAGAUCACAAUGCUUGAGAGGCAGGCAGAAUUGUCAGAAAUAGAACUACAGACACUCAGAAAGCAAACUGGGAAAGAGACCAAAAGGGCACAGGAACAGUCAAGACACAUUGCCAACCUAAAAGAGGAGAGAGAUGUCCUUAAAACCGAAUGUGAGAAACUUAGACUGAGAUGCACAGAUGAGGUAGAUGCAGUAGUUUCAGAUAGUAUAGAAUCGGACGACAAAAGUUCGACAGCUCUAUUGGAAGAAAUUAGGCAUAAACUUCAGAAUGAGAAGAACUUAAAUAAUAAAUUGAUGCUGAAGCUGCAAAAGACAGAAGACUCAAAUUCUGAACUGAUUCUUACAGUAAGAGACCUCAACAAAAUGUUGGACCAGAAAGAUAAGGACAUUUUGUAUCUUUCCGAAAAAGUUAGGUCCAAUAAGGAUUUGCUAGAGGCUGCUGCAGAAUCAAAUCAUCUCAAGAUUGGUCAGAAUGAAGAUAGAAAAGCUAAGGAGCUUAAAAUUGCUGAUGUAUCUCCAGCAAUGAAGCAGACAAUUGAAAAACUACAGAAUGAAAUAGAGGUCUACAAGAAAGACAACGAAGAGCUGAAAGCACAGAUGGAUCAGCUUGAAAGCCAUUGUCAAUUGUUAAAAGAGGAAAAUGACGAUAUUAAUCAUAACCUAGAGCAAUGUGAGCAGCAAAAGGUGAAAACUCAACAAGAACACUCACAAUUUUUAGCCGCUGUUAAGCACUUUAAACUCCAGGUGGAGCGGCUAGAGGAAGAAAUGAAAAGACAAACAUUCCAGUACUCAAAAUCAUUGGAUACGAUAAACGAACUUGAAACAAAUGUUUCAACGCUGGAGAAUGAACUGGAAACGCAGACACAGGAAUUUGAAGAACAUCUGGAAGCAGUCACCCAAGCCAAAGUUAAGCAGGAGCAGAGGGCCGUAAAAGCAGAGGAAGCAUUGAGAAGGGCAAGGUGGAGUAAUGCUAAGGCAGCUCAGAAGCUUCAAGAAGAAUUAAAAAGGCUAUCCGAUGAAAUGACAUUGAAGAUUGAUGAGAGAGAAAAACUGGCCAGUGAUGCGGUGAUAGAAGCAAAUAUUCUGCGUGAGGAGAACAAAAUUUUAGAGGAAUUGCUACAGAAAUCCGAAGAAGAAUUUAAAUCAGCAAAAGAUCAUUAUGAAAGAGAAGUUCUUGAGCUGAAAGCUUCAUCAAUGGAAGUUGGAAGACCAAAUGCGCAACAAAUGGAAAAAUCAACUGCUGAAAUGGAGAUAGAACAAAAGUUGACCAAGGAAAAGGAAUUGGAGAGAGAGCUAGCUUCAGAGAGGAGGGAAGCAGAAAUGUUCCUGGAGGAAUUAAUUCCCCUGAGGACUGAAGUGGAUCAAAAGAAGAACGUAGAAGAGACCUUACAAUCAGAAGUAGAGAAGCUACAACUUCAGAAUGACGAAAUGAGAUGCAGUACAGAUCAACUAAAGUUGGAAAAUGAGAACUUGAUGAAGUUGGUGCUCAAAUUACAGGGACACCGCCAAGAGAAGGAAGAGGAGGAUGAACCACCUGAGGAGGCAACUCCGGACAUUAUUGUUGCUGGAGGAAGAAAUUGUAUUAGGGAGAACAUUCACCACCAACAGGAUGCCUUUACAGAAGAAAGAUUUGUGGAGAAUGGACCCAGCAAAAUUGCAAAUAUAACAAGUAGAGAAGUUGAUCCAGGGAGAGCGUCAGAAACGAUCAAUGGCCAUACCCAAAAUAUACUUGAUCCAGAAUUACUAUGUGAAGUAGCUUUACUGAAAGAGAAAAACAACUACAUGGAGCAUGAAUUGAAGGAAAUGGAAGAGAGAUAUUCAGAAAUAAGUCUCAAAUUUGCAGAAGUAGAAGGUGAAAGGCAACAACUUGUCAUGGCUUUGCGCAAUUUGAAAAAUGGAAAGAGGUAGCAGUUUGUCCGCUGGUAAAUAAAUGAUUGAAUCAUUAGAUUUGCGCAAAAGCAACCUUCUGUAGAAGAUAAUGAAGUAGCCAAAAAUAAGGUCUGAAUAUGCAGAUUCCCUGGCAAUUAUAAGUUGCUUCCAUUCCUCAAAUUAUCAACUUCCAUGUCAUAGACAAGCAAUCUUGUCGUGGUAACGAGGGUCAUGCACCUGUUAGAAUCUGUUGUUAUCAUUAUCUUCUAUCCGUUUUUGUCCAACACAAUUGUCUACUUAUUAGAUUAUUUGCAAGCAGUAUAUCCAGGUUUCCUUCCUUUUGUAA